GCUUCACUCUCUUCCUACCGGUCUCUGUCGCAUUGGCUUGUUAAGACCUUGAAAAUGCCGUCGGCCAUGUCAAACACUUUGGCAGGCCGCGCCCCGGCCGUCCUCCGACAUGGUCGGCGAGUCCCUACAGCUCUGGCCGGUCGCAACUUCACUCUUGCCGCCGCCAAUACUUCCGCCAGAGCUUCUCUUCAGACUAGCAGUGCGAAGUUGCUUCAGAAGCGCCUGUUUACUGCCAGCGCGCUCCGUCCCAGCGCUGCUCAAACUGCGCCGAACCCGAAGGCUUAUCUCGAGAGCGGCGUGAUCAAGCCCCACGUCGGCGUCGACGUUAAGAAGGUCUUGGUCAUUGGCAGUGGUGGUCUCGCCAUUGGCCAGGCUGGCGAGUUUGACUAUUCAGGAUCGCAAGCUCUGAAGGCUCUUAAGGAGGCCGGCGUCAAGUCAGUCCUCAUCAACCCCAACAUCGCUACCAUUCAGACCAACCACUCGCUCGCCGACGAGGUCUAUUACCUUCCUGUAACGCCGGAAUACGUGUCGUACGUUAUCGAGAAGGAGAAGCCUGAUGGUGUCUUCCUUUCCUUCGGCGGUCAGACCGCCCUGAACCUCGGUGUCCAGAUGCAGCGCGCGGGUCUCUGGGAGAAGUACGGCGUCAAGGUUCUUGGAACCAGCGUCAGGACUCUUGAGGUCUCUGAGGACCGUGACUUGUUUGCCCGCGCUCUUGAGGAGAUCGAUAUUCCCAUCGCCAAGUCCAUCGCCGUUGGCACCGUCGAGGAGGCUCUCGACGCCGCUAACAAGGUCGGAUACCCUAUUAUCGUCCGUGCCGCCUACGCCCUCGGUGGUCUUGGUUCCGGUUUCGCGAACAACGAGGAGGAGCUGCGCAACAUGGCCGCCAGGUCUCUCACUCUCUCCCCCCAGAUCUUGGUUGAGAAGUCCCUCAAGGGCUGGAAGGAGCUCGAGUACGAAGUCGUUCGUGAUGCGAACAACAACUGCAUUACUGUCUGCAACAUGGAGAACUUCGACCCCUUGGGUAUUCACACUGGAGACAGUAUCGUCGUUGCCCCUAGUCAGACCCUGAGCGAUGAGGAGUACCACAUGCUCCGAUCCGCCGCCAUCAAGAUUGUCCGCCAUCUUGGUGUCGUGGGAGAGUGUAACGUUCAGUACGCUCUCCAGCCCGACGGCCUCGACUACCGUGUCAUUGAGGUCAACGCUCGUCUUUCUCGUUCUUCUGCUUUGGCCUCCAAGGCUACUGGAUACCCUCUUGCUUAUACCGCUGCGAAGAUUGGUCUUGGCCACAGCCUCCCCGAGCUUCCUAAUGCCGUUACCAAGACCACGACAGCCAACUUCGAGCCCUCUCUUGACUACAUUGUCACCAAGAUGCCUCGCUGGGAUCUUUCCAAGUUCCAGCACGUUAAGCGUGAUAUCGGAAGUGCCAUGAAGUCUGUUGGUGAGGUUAUGGCUAUCGGACGUACUUUCGAAGAGUCCUUCCAAAAGGCUAUUCGCCAGGUCGACCCCAAGUUUGUCGGGUUCCAGGGCGACAAGUUCGACGACCUUGACUUCGAGCUUCAGAACCCCACCGACCGCCGCUGGCUCGCCGUCGGCCAGGCCAUGCUCCAUGAGAACUAUUCCGUUGAGAAGGUCCACGAGCUCACCAAGAUCGACAAAUGGUUUCUGUACAAGCUUCAGAACCUCGUCGACUGCACCCGCGAGAUGGAGCAGGCUGGUGGCCUCGAGGCUCUCAAGAAGGACCAGAUCCUGAAGGCCAAGAAGCUUGGUUUUUCUGACCGUCAGAUCGCCAACUCUGUUGGCAGCACCGAGGAUAAGGUUCGCGAGGCUCGUCUUGGAUUCGGCAUCCGCCCCUGGGUCAAGAAGAUCGACACUCUUGCCGCCGAGUUCCCUGCUGACACUAACUACCUAUACACCACCUACAACGCCUCUUCCCACGAUGUUACCUUCGAUGACAAGGGAAUCAUCAUUCUUGGCAGCGGUGUCUACCGCAUUGGUAGCUCUGUUGAGUUUGAUUGGUGCGCUGUCGGUGCUACACAGGCCCUCCGCGAGAUGGGCAACAAGACUGUCAUGAUCAACUAUAACCCGGAGACCUACUCUACAGACUUUGACACUGCCGACAAGUUGUACUUCGAGGAGCUCAGCUACGAGCGCGUCAUGGAUAUCUACGAACUCGAGACCGCUUCUGGCGUCGUCGUAUCCGUUGGCGGUCAGCUCCCCCAGAACAUCGCAAAGCGGCUUCAGGAGACUGGUGGCGCAAAUGUUUUGGGAACUGACCCCUUGGACAUUGACAAGGCGGAGGAUAGACAGAAGUUCUCCGAGAUCCUCGACAGCAUUGGUGUUGACCAGCCCGCCUGGAAGGAGCUCACCUCAGUUGAGGAUGCCCAGGCCUUUGCCGAGCAGGUUGGCUACCCUGUCCUGGUUCGUCCCAGUUACGUCCUUUCCGGUGCUGCCAUGACUGUCAUUCGCAGCCAAGAGGACUUGAAGGAGAAGCUCGAGGCUGCUUCCAACGUCUCCCCUGAUCACCCCGUUGUUAUCACCAAGUUCAUCGAGGGGGCUCAGGAAAUUGACGUUGAUGGUGUUGCCUCUAAGGGUGAGCUCAUUAUUCACGCCGUUAGUGAGCACGUCGAGCAGGCUGGUGUUCACUCCGGUGACGCUACCCUCGUCUUGCCCCCUGCCAACCUGGACCAGACCACCAUGGACCGCUGCAAGGAGAUCGCCCAGAAGGUUGCCAAGGCCUGGCGCAUCACUGGUCCUUUCAACAUGCAAAUCAUCAAGGCUGAUGAUCCGGAGGGAGGCGAGCCUGCUCUCAAGGUCAUCGAGUGCAACCUCCGUGCUUCUCGUUCAUUCCCCUUCGUCAGCAAGGUCCUUGGCGUCAACUUCAUCGACGUUGCCACCAAGGCUCUUGUCGGCCAGCAGGUCCCUGAGCCCCAGGACCCCAUGGCCGUCAAGCGCGACUACCUCGCCACCAAGGUUCCCCAGUUCUCCUGGACCCGUCUGGCCGGCGCCGACCCCUUCCUCGGCGUCGAGAUGGCCUCCACCGGUGAGAUUGCUUGCUUCGGCAAGGACCUCGUCGAGGCCUACUGGACCUCACUCCAGUCCACCAUGAACUUCCGCAUGCCCGAGCCUGGCGAGGGCCUGCUCUUCGGCGGUGAGCUUAACAAGGACUGGCUCAUCACUGUUGUCAACUACCUCCAGCCCCUCGGCUACAAGCUGUUCGCCGCCGACAACGAGGUCAAGCAGUUCAUCGAGUCCAACGCCAAGGGCAACGUCACCGUCGAUGUUAUCGAAUUUCCCAAGGAGGACAAGCGCGCCCUCCGUGAGGUAUUCCAGAAAUACGACAUCCGCGGUGUCUUCAACCUUGCCCAGGCCCGUGGCAAGACCAUCAUGGACGUCGAUUACGUCAUGCGCCGCAACGCCGUCGACUUUGGCGUUCCCCUGUUCAUGGAGCCCAAGACUGCUAUGCUCUUCGCUCAGUGCAUGAGCGAGAAGCUUCCCCGCAAGGGGGGCAUUCCCUCUGAAGUCCGCCGCUGGUCUGACUUCCUCGGCGGCAAGCCGUUGUAA